AUGGAAAAUAUCCAGAGUCUGAUACUUACGAGUCAUUUGACUGCCUUUUAUGGGUGUUUCGAGGAUUAUGUGUCCUUCCCCCACCCUCCCACGCCAACUGUGGUAGAAAGACAAAAUGCAACAUUACAGCACCUUUUGGAUAUUUUCCUCUUAGCUUUUGUCUUGGGGUGGUUGAGUACCCCAUGGAGCACUUGCUUUUAUACGCAUCAGAUUGUCAAAGCAACUGCCAUGUUACAAAAAGAUAAGCUUUGGGUUGUCCCUAAACCAUUGUCGCUUGUGCUCCAGAUGACACGAAGCACUGCUCUAAACAAGAUCUGGUUAGAAAUUAAGCUUGCAUGCGCCUUUCCCAUCUUGACAUCAUUUUCCAUUUGUAAAUCCCAUUUGUGUGUACAGCAAUCUAGUUUGCCACAUCUGUGCUGCACUGCACACUUUAGUGAAGUUAGUAAAUUCAUUGGUUAA